AUGGAUCGUGCAAGGAAGCGCGAAUUGCGCUCCUUAAACAGUCGCGCCUGGGAUGGCGACCAAGAUGUGUUCGCUGUCAGCAAGUCGCUCGAUUCGUCCCUAAAGAAGAACACCGCUUUCAUCAAGCGCCUUCGAACUGCCAUCUCAGCAGCCACCCUCAACACCUUCCUCCAAGAGAUCCGCACCCUCAGCCUACACAAGUACCUCUCCGAGAUUAUCUCUGCUUGCUAUGAAGGUCUCUGUAGGCUCAAGUCUCCGGGCGAAAUCGAGGCUGGCGUCGAGAUUGUGAGCGCUCUGCACCAGCGCUUUGGUCCCAGAGAGUUCACCGAAAACCUGGGAUGGCUGCUUGGCAAGGGAAUGGCAACGCCUGACAAAAGCUUGCUCAAGUCGCUGGCUCCUGAGGUCCGCGAGAAGGAGGAGAAAGAGCGCUUGACGCGCCAGCGAGUGCUCUUGCGCGUCGUCACCGAACUCUGGCUGGUUGAUGUUCUUCGAACCCUCGAUGACGUUACACGACCCGACGAUGCCACCAAGGGCGCCACAGGCAAGGUUGCCGAGCUGAAGCCGAGGGCUCAAGUGAACAAAAGCGGCGCUGCUGAGCCCUUCCCCCUUGAGGUGCUGAAGGAUCUGUUGGGUCAUGACAGGGAGCAUGUCAACUUGCCGCUACUCGUCAUCUUCGUCAAGGCUUUCAGCUGGGAUAUUCUAGGUGUAAAGUCCUCGGCAGCCGAAGGACGUAAAACUGUGGAAGAGGAUGGCGCAACUAAGACGGCCAAUAACACUGCGCAGGGCGACGGCGGCGGCGGCGAAGAAAAUGUUGGGGAUACCGACGACCAACCAUUUACGCCUCCGGAGCUCCAGGAAAAGUUCAAGACCAUCCUUAAAAAAUACUUUGAGGACGUCAAGAGCCACGUUCUCCGUGACCAGAAAUCCAUCCACUCCCAAGCUCGACGGAACGCCGAGGCCUACGUCAAGUCUGGCGAGGUCUUCGAGGAUCGUCAGGCGAACUUUGAGAAGCAGCUCAAGGCCCAGGAGAGGCUUGUGGCAAAUGCCCAGGCCAUCGCGGAUGCGAUUGGCGCCGACAUGCCUGACCUGAAGGACAAUGACGACUCUUUGGCGAACACCAACGGAUCCAUCGGUUUGGUCAAAGCUGGCGAUUAUCUACGUGGUCUUGGGGACGGUGCUGGAAUCUGGGAAGAUGAGGAUGAGCGACGUUUUUACGAAAACCUGGUCGAUCUCAAGGGGAAGGUCCCUGGAAUUCUCCUUGACGACGGCAAAAAAAAGAAACCGGACAACGAAGAGCAAGUCGGCAAGAAGAUCGACCCGGCGGAUAUCCCAGACGCACCGAAAGGCCCCGACGCAGGCGAAGACCUGUCCACUUCCAUCGCCAACAAGACGAUUGGUGCGCAGGUCGAUGCCGUGUUGGCCCGACUGCCAGACCUUACCAACAAGGACGUCAUCGAUCAAGCUGCCAUCGACUUCUGCUACUUGAACUCGAAGGCCUCCCGAAACAGAUUGGUCAAAGCUCUGACUGAGGUCCCCAAAGGCCGAGGCGAUCUUCUGCCUUCGUGGUCGAGGCUUGCCGCAACCUUGGGAAGAUACAUGCCAGACAUUCCCAAGGGGCUCGUUGACUAUCUCGAUGCCGAGUUUCGUAGUCUUCAAAGACGGAAAGACAAGGACUUCCUCGGCCAAGUCCGAUUGAGCAACAUCCGGUACCUUGCCGAGCUGACCAAGUUCGGUAUCGUGCCGGAGCAUGUUGUCUUCCAUUGUCUCAAGGUCAGCCUCGACGAUUUCUCAAGAAUGAACAUUGAAAUCAUUUGCAAUCUGCUGGAGAACUGCGGACGUUAUCUUCUAAGGAACCCGGAGACUUCGCCGCGCAUGGCAACCUUUCUUGAAACACUGCAGCGAAAGAAGUCUGUCCAGCACAUUGGGCAGGCUGAACGUAUGCUGAUUGAGAAUGCGGUCUACUACGUCGACCCUCCCGACCGGCCCGCUAUUCAGCAAAAGGAGCGAACUCCCAUGGAGCUAUUCAUCCGCAAAUUGAUCUACAUGGACAUGACUAAGCGUAAUUACAGCAAGAUCCUGAAGCAGAUACGCAGACUUCACUGGGAAGAGGCUGAGGUUGUCGGUAUCCUCGAGAAAGUCUUCUCCAAGCCCGGCAAAGUUAAAUAUGGCAACAUUCACCUCCUUGCUAUCCUCCUCAGCGCUCUUUAUCGUUACCAUCCAGCUUUCGUCGUCAGGGUCAUCGACAAUGUCAUGGAAUCGAUUUGCUUCGGUCUAGAGCAGAACGAUUUCAAGUUCUACCAACGACGGAUCUCGGAAGUCAAGUACAUUGGCGAGCUUUACAACUAUAGAAUGGUCGAGCAUCCAGUCAUUUUCGAUACCAUGUACAAAAUCAUGACGUUCGGCCAUGGUGGUCCUCCUACCCCCGGUCGACUAAACCACUUCGACCUGCCAGACGACUUCUUCCGCAUUCGCCUGAUUGCAACCAUCCUGGAAACAUGCGGCAUGUACUUUGCCAAAGGCGCAGCAGGCAAGAAACUAGACUACUUUUUGUCUUUCUUCCAGUACUAUAUCUACACCAAACAGUCGCUGCCCAUGGACAUCGAGUUCAUUGUUCAAGACACAUUUGCCCUCACGCGACCGCAGUGGAAGCUGGCAUCCAAUUUGGAAGAAGCCUCAAAAGCAUUUCAACUUGCCAUAGCCCAGGAUCAGAAGCUUUCUGGAGCCGACAAGACCCUUGAGGCAGAUGACGCAUCGAUAGGCUCUUCGUCGGAUGACGAAGAUGGCGAUGAACAUCUUCCUGAAGCCGAGGCCGAUGAAGAGGAAACGGAUUCUGAAGACGAUGGCGUCGAGGACCAAGACGCCGACACAUCGCGCGCAGAAUCUGACAGCGAGGAUGAAGCCAUUGUCGUCACUCGCCAACAGGAACAAAUAGACCCGGAGGCUGAAGCCGAAUUCGAACGUGAGUACGCCAAAAUGAUGGCCGAGAGUUUGGAAUCGCGCAAAUUCGAGCGUAAGCCUCUCUUCGACGUGCCGCUCCCCGUACGGGGCAAGUCCAAAGAGACGGCAACCGGAUCCGAGCCAGUAGAAACCGGAGCUCCCGCUCCCAGCAACACGAUGGCUUUCUCUCUUUUGACGAAAAAAGGCAAUCGCCAACAGACCCGAACUGUGGAGCUUCCUUCAGACUCGACAUUCGCUGUCGCCAUGAAGACCCAGCAGCAAGCUGAAAGGGAAGAACAACAGCGCAUCAAGAACCUUGUUUUGAACUACGAUCUUCGAGAGAACGAGGAUCCCGAUGGCCACGACAAGCCGACGUCCUACCACCACAACCGAUCGGAUCGCGGCAAAGACCGCGGCGGACAGCGAGUCCGAAAGCUUCAGCUAAGUGAUGUUGAUUGGUACGAAUCGUCAAUUAAGCGUGGAUCAUGCUUCAUGCAGGCGACUACACCCUCUUCCCACUCGGACGCGGAGCCCGGCAACCGACGAUGA